GGACGGGGAGCCCCCGGGGUCCCCGCCGCCGCCCGCCGUCAGCUACCCGGACUGGAUCGGCCAGAGUUACUCCGAGGUGAUGAGCCUCAACGAGCACUCGAUGCAGGCGCUGUCCUGGCGCAAGCUCUACUUGAGCCGCGCCAAGCUCAAAGCCUCCAGCCGGACCUCGGCUCUGCUCUCCGGCUUCGCCAUGGUGAGCUCGGGCCGCCCUGCCCUCCCCCCUCUCCUGUCCCGGCCGCUCCCGCCCGCAGCCCCGACGGGGGCCACGGGGAGCGGGCUGGGCGGGCCAGGCGGGCCGGGGCGAGGGGAAGAGCCGGGAGAAGCUGUCGUGGCGAUGGUGGAGGUGCAGCUGGACGCAGAGCACGACUACCCGCCGGGGCUGCUCAUCGCCUUCAGCGCCUGCACCACGGUGCUGGUGGCCGUGCACCUGUUCGCGCUGAUGAUCAGCACGUGCAUCCUCCCCAACAUCGAGGCGGUGAGCAACGUGCACAACCUCAACUCGGUCAAGGAGUCGCCCCACGAGCGCAUGCACCGCCACAUCGAGCUGGCCUGGGCCUUCUCCACCGUCAUUGGCACGCUGCUUUUCCUGGCUGAGGUUGUGCUGCUCUGCUGGGUCAAAUUCUUGCCCCUCAAGAGGCAGCCGGGCCAGCCACGGCCCACCAGCAAGGCCCCGGCCGCCAACGGCAGCAGCGACGACGCGGGUGGCAUCACCCCGGGCCAGGCGGCUGCCAUCGCCUCCACCACCAUCAUGGUCCCCUGCGGCCUGGUCUUCAUCGUCUUCGCCGUCCACUUCUACCGCUCGCUGGUCAGCCAUAAGACGGACCGACAGUUCCAGGAGCUCAACGAGCUAGCCGAGUUCGCCCGCUUGCAGGACCAGCUGGACCACAGAGGGGACCACCCUCUGACGCCCGGCAGCCACUACGCCUAGGCCCUCGCCAUCUGGGCCCUUCGUUGCUUUGGCCUUAACGCCCUUCCCCAUGACCUUGUCCUGCCCCAGUCCCAUGGACCGCCUGUGCAGGGGGCUGGACUUCAUCGGGGGCAGAGUGGAGGGAAGAGGCUUUUUGUAAAAGAAAUUUCUGCACUUUGAAACUUUCCUCUAAGAGAAUAAGCACUUCCUGUUCUUCCAGCUCCAGGUCCAGUGCCCGUUAGGAGGUGGGGGGGCAGAGUGGUGCCAACACUCCCUUUGUCCCUCCUCCUGCUCCGUGCCAGUGCCACCUGGGAGCCUCCUAUCCUUUCCUCCCGUCCAAGCGUCGAGUGUGUGCGUGUGUGUGUGACACAUAAAUAUACUCAAAAGG